AUGAAUUUCACUUACGAUCCUUAUGACUUUGCAAUCACGGGAAACAUGUUUAUGGAUGACGAGUCAAUGUACGAGUACAAGGUUUCCGCUAAAAAUCCACCGCCGGCAUGUCUACGAGUUCCUGUGCCGUACUUACCCUCGAUGGACAUGUGCAUGAAGAUGUUCGACAUCUACACUCCCGGCAGAAACUUGCACGCGUGCGUCAAUUUCGUCACGCGAAUCGAACACGCCGAAGUGCUCGUGUUGGAAUUCGAUUGUUUCGUGAUCGGCCGCGACGGCGUGAACAUGCACAAGUUCAACACGACCUCGUCCACGACCGCCACUGACGCCGCCACUGCCACAGCUGACGAUGAAACUACUACUUCUACAACUACGCCUUCUGCUACAACGACAGUUGUGCAGACAUACGACACGACGGCACCCGACCUGGACAUCACUGUCACGGAGGUGAUCGCGCACUGA